AUGAAUAACAACCAAACGAUUAAAGAAAUCGAUGCAAUGUCUAUUAAAAUUUAUCGGGGUUAUUUAAAAUCACAAGACGAGGACAAGAUAAAAUCAAUCGAAACCAUUUAUAAAACAACCGAUAGAGCAACGUUGAAUUAUCUAAGAAAUCACAAUCCUAAUAUACCCUAUUCUAUCAACACUGUACAUCUACAGAAUCCAUAUAAACAAUCUUUUAGAUUGGAAGGAUACGCUACUGAAGAAAAUUUUAAAGUUCGACCAACCUCUUUUAAGAUUAUGUAUCGAUCAAAGGAUACGACAUUAAGAUCACGGUAUAACAAGAACGCGUUCUCCAGAAAGGAAAGUCCUAUGACGCAACAUUACGAUCACGAUGACGAUAAAAAUACAAAUAAAAUUGAAAGGCAAUACUCAAAGAAUAUUAGAACUGCUAUGAAACAAUAUUGUAUGAAUAGUACUCUUCAUGGCUUACGUUAUAUUGGAGAUUCAAAUUCGACAAUUGUUGAGAGAAUUUUCUGGAUAAUUUCGUUUACUCUAGCAGUUUUAACUGCCGCUUAUUAUAUUUGGUACUUAUAUCAAAAAUGGGGAUCAUCGCCCAUUAUCAUUGCUCUUAGCCCAGAACCAAUGUUAUUGAACGAAUUUCCGUUCCCUUCGGUUACCAUUUGUAAUAUGAAUAACGCGAAAAAAGAUGAGGCAAUUCGUAUAAAUUCUGGAAAUAUUACACGAAAGAAACUAUUAUUGGAGGAUAUGUGCAAAUUUGAAAAUAGUUCGAUGAUUUUCGAUUUCGAUGAGAGCGCGAUAACUUGGGACAAUAUUCUGCAUUUCAUGAUCAAUGUGACACAAUCCUGUUCAGAAAUGUUGCAUUUAUGCAAAUGGCAUGGAAACGUCACUGAUUGCGAGAAAAUAUUUAAUCCUACUUUGACAGAUGAAGGAUUAUGUUGCAAUUUCAAUUCAGUUCAUAGAAAAUAUCUAUUUUAUAAUCCACGAGAUUGGUCCGACCUCAACAUGACGUUCCCAUUUAACAGCAUUGAUUGGAAUCCUGAAAUCGGAUACGAUGCAAAUGUAUCGUCAGAUUCUAUACCAUGGAGGCCCUAUAACGCUGGACAAUUGUAUGGUCUGACUUUGGUUCUCGAUGUAGACAUCGAUGAAUAUUAUUGUUCAUCCACUACUAGUGUUGGUUUCAAGAUGCUAUUGCAUAAUCCAGUCGAGACACCAAAAAUUGCUGAAUUUGCAUUCACUGUAACCCCAGGUGAAGAGACUAGGGUGAUCAUAACACCUCGGAUAAUGACUGCUAGCAAGUCAAUAAUUUCUAUUCCCUUGAAAAAGAGGAAGUGUUUCUUUACAUUUGAAAGAAAACUACGUUAUUAUAGAACCUACACACAGAAGAAUUGCGUACUUGAAUGUGAAGCAAAUUUUACGCAGAAAAUCUGUCAAUGCGUUCAAUAUUACAUGCCUAAAUCCUCCAAUACACCUAUCUGUGAAAAGAAAGAUGAUAUUUGUGCAACGAAAGCUCGGAAGAUAAUGGAAAUUAAACUUUACGAUGAGGACUUCAGCAUAAAUUCUACAAAUAUUUCUGAAAUACCAAGUUGCAACUGUUACCCAGGAUGCUUCGAAAUUGGUUAUAAUGUAGAAAUCUCACAGAGCAAAUUGAUGUCCGAUCUUAUAAUUCCUGAUAUUUACAUAAAAAAAAGCAAAGAAUAUUUCGCUAAAAACAUGGCGGUGGUUCACCUGUACUUCGUCGACUCUCAAUUCACUAAAUAUAUAAAGAAUGAAUUUAUUGGUUUCACAGAAUUUCUAUCUAGUACAGGUGGCUUAUUGGGUCUCUGCAUGGGCUUUAGUUUCCUUUCUUUGGUGGAAAUCGUUUAUUUUGCGACACUGAAGCUCUGGUGUCGCAUGUAUAAAAACAAACACGCUCCACACGAUAAUAUUUUUCACGUGCGACCAUUCGAUUCGGAUACUAACCUUGUUUAUCCAUUCGUACAUUGAUCUAUUCCUACUCUUCCAUUUUUUUUAUUUUAAUAUCACAAAUACAUAAAAAUAUAUAAAUAUGCAUGAAUCCGGUCUAUAAAAGAAUAGAAUGUUGCUUUAUUUUUAUUAA